AUAGGGCUCGAAAUCUCAGCAUCUUUCUCGUUCUCUAGAAGCUUCUUUCCCAUUCUUCCUUCCCCUUUUCAACCCGAAGAAUAUUCGUUUUCAAUUACUCUCUGCGUACUUAAAUUCGGAGCAUGAGUCGGGAUCGGAACUCGGUAAUCGUCAAAUUCCUCUACAGUUACGGCGGCAGAAUCCUUCCUCGUCGCUCUGACGGCACGCUCCGUUACAUCGGCGGCUUUACUAGAGUUCUCUCCGUUGAUCGGUCUAUUUCUUUCUCAGAGUUGAUGGUGAAGUUUGGAGAAUUGUGUGGAUCGUCUAUGCAUUUAAGGUGUAAGCUGCCGACUGAUGAUUUGGAUGUUUUGGUAUCGAUUACAUGUGACGAGGACCUGUCGAAUGUGAUCGAAGAGUACUAUCGAGUUUCAGCAUUGAUGAAUAAAGAGAUGAAGGUUAGGGCAUUAUUAUCUCCAAUCAAUUUUCCGAAAAAGGAGUCUAGUCCGUCUUCGCCAAUGUCUUGCUUCGAUUUUCCGGCGUCGACCUUGAAGCCUGGAAAACUCGGCCGCUUCAAUUGUCCUCCGUCGUAUGCGGCGGCGCGUAGAUGGUUCUCACCAGCUGUGGGUUAUCCGAUCGGGAGACGGACAGAUGUCGAGGAGCUUUAUUAUUCUUACUAUGGAUCCGGAAGCGUCAAUUAGGCCUCUGUAUUAAGUUGUUCCUAACCAUUGCCAAUAGAAAAACGAUACGUGAGAGAGAGAGUAGUUACAGUAUUUCAGGAGAGUUGUGCGCAUAGAUGAAACGAAUCUCCUCUCCACGAAAAAAGGGCCAGAAAAAAGAAAAAUAUUUAUCACAUCAAAUAAUAACAUUUUUUUUUAGUUGUUAA